AUGGAGAUUUUGGAAAAAUAUGAUCGGAAAGAAGAAUCUCUUACCAAGACUAUCAAAGAGUUGAGAGAUGAAGCUAAUUUACAUGGGAACAGACUACGUCGCAUUGAGACACAAGGAAACGAGGCAAAUAAACGCAUAGAAUUGCUGGAGGAAAAAAUCAGGGAACUGACAGAACAAAUUAAUUCCGCUACUCAACGAGCUGUUCGUGCAGAAGAAGAAUCUGAAAAUCUAGCCGGUGAAUUAACAAUUCUAGAAGACGAAGCAAAUGAAUGGAAUGAGAAAUCAAGUAAUGUUCAAGAACAAAUUAACAUUGUUCGAAUCACUAUCAGUGAAGCUUAA